AUGCAUAGUAGCUUGGAUGAGCGACCUCUUCACUGUGAGGAGUGCGGUCGAGGUUUCAAUACCCACACCGCGUUAGAGAUGCACUUUUCGUCACAUGAUGAACCUCGGUAG